AUCUCGGCUUCUACCUGCUGGAUAAGUUCGGUAUCACACUCUCCACACGGCGCCAUAUUAGACAGACAUUAUCCAGCGGUACAUGGCUGAGGACAGAGCCUAGGAGAAGGAGCAGUAAUCCGGGUGACAAGUGAGCACAGCCCUCCGUACUGAACCACACUUUAGGGCACAUGCUGUAUGGUGUCCGACCUGUAACACGGUAAGACAUCCCGGCUGUUCGGUCCGAGGCGGGUUGUUUCCGUCGUUGUUGAGCUGACUCGCCGGCAGACAUGACUUCCCUCAAUCAGCGGAGCUCAGGCCUGGUGCAGAGGCGGACUGAAGCCUCACGCCUAGCCGCUGACAAGGACCGUCCGUCCGGUCAGGAGGAGGACGAGAACCGGCGGGACGAGCAGGACGACGACGACACCGGAGACUCCAAAGAAACCCGUCUCACCCUAAUGGAAGAAGUGCUUCUGCUGGGACUGAAGGACCGAGAGGGUUACACCUCCUUCUGGAACGACUGCAUUUCCUCCGGGCUGCGCGGCUGCAUGCUGAUUGAACUGGCCCUGAGAGGACGCCUGCAGCUGGAGGCCUGUGGCAUGAGGAGGAAAGGUCUGCUGGCUAGGAAGGUGAUCUGUAAGUCCGACGCUCCGACAGGGGACGUCCUCUUGGAUGAAGCUCUGAAACACAUCAAAGACACGCAGCCUCCAGAGACGGUGCAGAGCUGGAUCGAACUUCUCAGCGGAGAGACGUGGAACCCUCUGAAGCUUCACUACCAGCUGAGGAACGUACGCGAGCGUCUUGCAAAGAACCUGGUGGAAAAAGGCGUCCUCACCACCGAGAAGCAGAACUUCCUGCUCUUCGACAUGACCACACAUCCUCUGACCAACAACAACAUCAAGCAGCGGCUUAUCAAGAGGGUCCAGGAGGUCGUGCUGGACAAGUGGGUGAAUGAUCCCAAUCGGAUAGACAAGCGUCUGCUGGCACUCAUCUUCCUGGCCCAUUCCUCGGACGUGCUGGAGAACGCCUUCGCCCCGCUGCUAGACGACCAGUAUGACCUCGCCAUGAAGAGAGUGAGACUGCUGCUGGAGCUGGAGCCAGAGGGCGAGAGCAUGAAGACCAACGCCAAUGAGCUGCUUUGGGCCGUGGUGGCCGCCUUCACUAAAUGAGGCUGAUACUCGGAUUAAAGACAGCAGUUUGAUAUUAAAGUGGCAUUGAACGCUGGGGAGUGACUUAAACUCCGACAUGGUGAUUUGAACGAAAACAGUUCACCUUGUCUGGAUUCUUGGAAUGGGCUACCCUCCUUUCUCUUUUUCUUUUCUUACCCCAUAAACUAUUGCUCCUCCGCCCUGCGUCGCCCCGAAAUGUAAAUUCUGAGUUCACUUUUGCUAAAAAAUAACAACUCUCAUGGAUCUUUAAUGGAGCAGACCAUGAUAAUUUAACUGAGGCUGAAAUCAAGAUGUCGAUUCAUAUCCUCUUUUCUUUUCUGUCGCUUUAUCUUUGUUUUCUCAGAGGUACUGUUUGUAGGAGAACACACCUGUGAAGGUACACAUCCACGUUCAGGUUCAGGUUCAGGAAGGUUGUCUGUAGAUCUUUGACGGUCUUUGUGUUUUUCUUCUACCGAAUCCGAUUUAAAUGACUGAAGAAAAACAUAAUGUGGUGGAUCUAAAAGCCUGGGUUCACUACAUAACACAGAGUGUGUGAAAACAUAAUUGAUUUAUUUUACAAACCUGUUAAUCUAGAGACACGAGGGCUGUAGACUGGCCAGGGGGAGGGGCUCACCCCGGACAUGACGCCUGUUAAACAAGGCUGACACACUGGGGCGCAAAGUCCGCUCCAACUGACCCUGCAUGUGCUUGGACCAUCGCAGGCAGAGAAUCCAGACUCAUCACAGGGACGCCCCCCCUGCUGGAUCUGAACUGAGGAUUUUCUGGCUGUGAGGAGAGGGCGCUGACAGCAGAAAACCAUCUCUCCUAGCUUGAAGUUCUGUGGGACCCGAUUCAUUUGUCACCAGGACGAUAAGUGAAGAUGUGAAUCAAAGCUAGCAGAACCCAAAGUUUGGGGAAGAUGAUGUGCUGAUUUUUAUGACAUCGGUUACAAAAGGUGUGUUCAGACCAAAAGUAAGUUGUUUUUUUUGUAGACCGCUGUAAAACAAAAAGUCAAUGAAAAGUUUUGAAACCCACAAAUGUAUGUGACGCUGUUUUAUGAAACAAUGCCCUGAUGUUGCUUCAGAGAUGCUUGAUCCAAAUUCCAUUUAAAAACUGAGCAUUUAAAACUCGUUUGCUUAUUGUGGUGCAGUCAGACGGGAAAAAUCAUGAAUUGAGACUUUAUACAUUUUCUCAAAAUGAUUUAGUUACUUAAGCAUCUUUUCAGCCUGUUCAUUGUAAUUAAAUCAGAAUAAAAUCUGUUCAUUUUGGGUUCAUAGACAGAAGAACAGGAGCUUAUCGGCUGAACCGGUUGCUGGUGUACAUCGGAUAAAUCCUGGUACUGAUCCUAGCUUACAGGUCCUCGAACUGGGACCUGGCCAGCCUCAAGUAGCUGCAAGAAGCAGGAAUGUUCACCCAGACACAGUUCAUGGAGGAGGAGGGAGAUGAACUCCGUUGAGAGAGAGAGAGAGAGAGAGAGAGAGAACAGGUGAUGAUAGACAGACUGGAAUUUAACAAUAUUAUUUACACAGGUAUUGCUUUUGGUCUGAACACACCUUCCACACCAAGUCAAAUCUGUUUCAGAGUUUUGAAAACCUUUAAAGUAAAAAGAGAAAAUGAACGUCACAGUUUUGUUUCUGACAUUGUGUAAAAAACAGUCACAGAAUAAUUCCGUCUUGUGAAUUCUGCGAACACGUGAAGGGUUGAUGAAACACCAGAUAUGAUGAAAACACAUCUUGAUGUAUUUUAUGGUCAUUAUUUUGUUUGGGUAAUGAUACAUGAUCUUUGGUAGAGGACUAAGACUGGGAGUAUAUUUAACCUGGAAGCACUUCAAAAAUGUGUGCAUGUCUAAACAUUAACCAGGUUACAUUCAGGUGCACGUGACUUUAUUUGUACCUGUAGUUAGAUUUGUUUUGCAGCCGGUGAGAUAGAGACAUUAAUUAUGUAGGACAGUUUAAAAAAACAGAUGCAACAGGAGACAAAAAACUAAAGAGGAGAGAAUACUUUCAAACGGACUGAAACAUGAUUCAAAUAAAUUCAGGAUAAUUCAGUUCGCUAGCUGGUGAAAGCAAACAAAUCCUAGUCCGGGUUUAAUGUGAUUCUCCAGACACAUUUAAAGACGUGUCAUUUAUAGGAAACAAACAUAAGGAAGGUAGACCCAGUCACUGGCUGGCAUUUAAGGGUUUGUUACAUGAAAAACUACAAAAUAGUUUCCACUUGAAUUAAGAGAUUUUAAAAUAACAUCAUCUGAGGGUUAUAGGAGCAUAAUGCGAUCAUGAGGAUCUUUUAAUUUUUCUUCUUUUCCUUGCUUGACUUUAUUUGGACUAAAAACGUUUAAUUCUCUGCACACAUUAAGUUCAAUGUUAUGUAAAGUGUUCUCCAGUACAGGCAGAGGUUUGGAUUUGUAAAACGGACUGGAGCCAGAUAGACUGCUUCCAUGGCUCCCUCACUUACGAAAACAGGUCUUUAAAUCCACUAGUGAAGAAGACCCGAUCAACUAGCGAGAUGUCAUCUGAAUGGUUGCACUGGUGUGUUUUUACCUGCACCAUUGUUAACAGAGCUGCAGGAUCAGCAGCAUGGCAGGCUGUAAACUUUACACACUGAGUCUUUAAAUGAACCCUCAGUCUUAGAGGUUUUAUCUUCUCCAAAACCAACAUUUGUGUGAUGUCCACACUGAACCCUACAUGAAGACCAGAUAGUCUGUAACCUAAGUUGUGUCACAGUUUGGGAACUACAGAGAUGCAAGGCUGAUCUUAAUUAGCAGGGCGUGACGUCCAAACUAACCAAAAUAUUGUGGCAGAAAUUACUUAAUGUGGCCAAUCAGUGAAAAGCAUUUUUCUUAAAGCAGGGUUUUUUUGUGUGUUUCUUCUCGUGUCUCAUUGUCUCUGAACAUUAACUAAAGGCUUAAAAUAACUUUUGUUAACUGACCUUAAUCCAUUAACAGAAACUUAAAUGUUAAAUAUAAAAAAGCAUUACAAUUAGGUGAUAACUAAAGCCUACAACCUUUAUCUACAACUGGAGCCAAAUAACAGUGACAUCUAGUGGUUAAAUCAUGAAUUACAACAUAAACUAAUUUAGCAGUACUCUGUUAUUGGACAGAUGAAAUCCUCUCUGCUCAUUGAGAACUAAAGCAGGAAUAAAAUCAUCAGUCAUGAUACAUUUCUGAGGGAUGUAAUCUGUCAAUGGAACACACUGCUGACAGUAAACAGCCGAUAAAACCCUUCCAACCCAUCCAAAAUGAUCACACCUUUUACAAACCAUCACCAUGACAACCAUAUUGACUAUCUCAGCUGGUGCAACAUCUUAAAUUUCAUUGGAGCAUAACCUCUGUCCUAAAUUUGAAAUGACGUUCUCACUAGGCUUCGUUUGAACUUCUACACGGUUGGUGCUUCCCGGCGUAAUGAAACGGUAAAGACGCUGACUGAAGCAGGGUCACCAGCUGACUAAAAAUCAUUAAGGUAAAAUAUCUACUCAGUCAUCAGCGAUGUGGCUUCAAACUGUGACAAAAGGAGUCGACUGGAAUAUUUUUGUGAUGUCCAUCUGAUCAUAAGGGUUUUUAAAAAAGUUAACAAACUUGUGUCUUGCAGGCAGAGAACUCUAAUGACUUCUGUCAUCAAACACAGCUAGCUCUCAUUAUGUCAUUAAUAAACCAAACAGAUUCAGAGCACUUUGAGGAUAUAUUACAAACAAUGUUCAUGUAGCUAGGCUAACAGUUUCCCUCUGCUUCCAGUCUUUAUGCUAAGCUAGGCUAAACAUAUUCAGGACCUGUCCCUGUAUUGGACACACAGAUCUGAAGUAGAUUUUAAUUUGGACGAAAAAAUGUCCCAAAGUGUCCGAGAUGCUUUUUUGUUCACUCGUAUUAAUCAUGAAAUGUAUAUACUCCAAUAAAUCUGAUUCAAACAGA